AUGGUGUCAGAGCUUUUCAAACACGUCAGGUCUCUGCAGGGCAGAGUCUCUUCAGACGGGGCCGGCGGCUUGUUGCAGGUCAGCUCGGGGAGGGCCCUGAACGCCUCCUGGCAGCUCUGCAGGAAGAGUCCCACAGACACAGUUCACCUGCGGCCCGACGGCAUCGCUCUGCGGCUCCUCCGGCUCCUCGCGUGUCGCCUCCUCCUUCAUUUCUACGUCACUGUGGAGGUCACAGGUCAGAGGUCAGAGGUCACGGCGGCCGGACCGCAGAGGGAACGCGUCUCCCCGACGAGCGCCGUGAGUGUCUCCAACCAAUCAGCAUCCAGCAAACUCUGGCACACUCACCUUCAUUUACCUGUCCCUUUCUCCACAGCAGGGGUUGCCAUGGCAGCACAGCUGCAUCAGGACCAGUUAUCACUGACCAGCAGAACCAAUGAGAAAGUCUCCUUCAGAUGUACAGGAACUGACCAGUGUUACAGCAACUAUGUGUACUGCACACAGGUUUUUGUCACAGCACUUUUCACUGUGGGGAGCAGCUACUGGUACUACAUCUUUGGCUCAGGCACCAGACUGUAUGUAACAGAUCGUCUAGUUGUGCCGCCCAAAGUGAGCAUCUACCCAGCGACCAGAGCCGACCUGAAGGGGAAGAGCUCCCUGUUGUGUCUGGCCACAUCCAUGUUUCCUCCUGAGGUCCAGUUCUCCUGGAGGACAAAGGACAACAAGAGGACAAUUCCUGAGAGAGAGCGAGUGGAGCUCAGAGCGGAAGAGCACGCCGCCGCCAUCGUGCUGAUCGAUGAGCAAGAGCUCAACACGUAUCAAUACAUCUGCUCCGUCAAACACCAAGAGGGCACGGUGGAGGCCAAGAUACCACCAGAGCUUCCAGCAUCUGCAACCUCCCUCCCUCCAGUUAGAGACACAACAGAGCCGCCAGCCGUGGAGCAAAGUUACGCGUCUGCAGCCUCCAUCCCUCCAGUCACAGACACAGCAGAGCCACCAGCCGGGGAGCAAAGUGACGCGUCUGCAGCCUCCAUCCCUCCAGUCAGUGACAUAGCAGAGCCGCCAGCCGGGGAGCAAAGUGACGUGUCCUUCCAGUUCCAGUGCAGGGUGAAGCUGCUCUCUCUGGUUUCCACAGUGAUGAUAGUGAAGAGCAUGGUGUACUGCUGUGGACUCUCUCUCCUGAUCAUCCACAGAAACAAGGGACCUGCUGACUGACUGUCCUGCAGCGCCGCUUGAUGAUGUCAUCAGUGUCAUCAGUUAAUUGCAUUUCCUGUUUUGCUCAGUCGUUGGAAACGUUGUCACUUUAUGUUUAACCCUUUGAAAGGCUUUUAUUUUGGAAAGGCAGUUUACUCUCAAAAUUCACUUUUAGUAUCGCCUGUUCAUUUGUCGUUUUUGGUGAUAAUUUUCGUUUUUGUUUGUUUGUUUUUUCCUGUUA